CAGGUAGACAAGAUUUGGGCGAAAAAUCGACAGAAGCUUUUUGUCAUUUUGUAGCGGCGUGGAGACUUUGGACUUGGACGGCGAAUUCAAAGUAGAAAUGUUUGCUCUUGUUUGAGGGAUAUUAUAUGAAAACGGAAUCUUGUUUGGGGACGAAGCGGGACUACUGCUUGCCACCUCGGAGCCAGUAAGCCAUGUCUGCCAGUGGCACCGGGAGUCCAAAGCACAGCUCAGGACCCGCCGACUAUAGUCAUGGACCCCGGAGGACCAGCAGCCAGAAGUCUUCGUAUGAGGAGCGCUGUGUUGACCCAGUGGAAGAAUGGAUCCCAAGCAAAGAGACAAAGUCUGUCCACAAAGCCCAUCUAAAAGAUGCUAAAGGGAAGGAGUCAGAGACAAUUGGCUUUAUUCCUGGCUCAGCUGACACUGCCUCUGGUGCACAAACCUGUGGUCCCUGUGCAUCUCCAGGCAGCUGCAGGACCUUCAUGUGCAGCAUUCUGACCUGCGGCCUGUACAGGGUCUGCCACCAUACCAUCCUUGCCCCAUGCCUGGCGCCCAGCGAGAGCUCCCCGGAUGAGCCGGAGAAAGUGAGCCUCCGCGCCGUGAAGGCAGGAGACAACAAGGAAGAGGAUGGCGCAGACUGGCUAGAGGACGUCCGCAUCGGUGGAGUGAGAGUGGACAGUCAGAGAGAGUAUCUGAAUGUGGUAACCAGCGCUCCCUCUUACGUCGCUCCAUCUGAAGGUCAGAAACAGCUGUCUUUUCAUGACUCCAUUGGGUUCGAUGACUGGGAAGACGGCAAUGAGGACGUGGACUCGCUGAUCACUAAGAAGCUGCUGGAGCUGUACUCUGAGUACCAGAUCGAAGAGCUGGCCAGGUGCACCUCAGACUCUGUGUUUCUAAAGAAGAGCAAGGAGAUCAACCAGCUCAUCAAUUCACUGGCAGAAGAGCACAAGCUGGACGAGCAGGAAGCCGAGUGCCGGCUGGUGCGCGGCAUCAUCCGCAUCAGCACACGAAGGAGUACCAAGAGGAGGGUUCCCAACACAAGGACUGAAAGGACGCUGUCUGACAGUGGCAAUGACACCAUGAGGGACAGUGACUCCUUCUCCGUCAGCAACAACAAUGACUACAAAUCCAAUCCAAACAUCCAAAUAUCAGAAUUGACCCCUUCUGACAAGUACGCCCGGGAAAUGUGGAGGAACAACGGAGGUCAUACCUCAGGUUCUCCAACAGCCUAUUCGCCCACUGAGACCAAUUCUUCAGGUGUUCCACUUAUUCGCACUUCCGUGAGAACAUGAUUACUCCUCAACACUGGUGAUCCACGCUUGAUUACCGUCACAUAUGGGAUGUUGAAAGGAUAUACAAAUUGCACAGGAGUCUCUGGCGUAGCCAAGCUCUUAAUGGAGGCCAUGGCUUUGCUUUGGAAAAAAAAAUGUGACAAGUCACAUUGUCUGAAUUUGAAGGACUUAAGUGUACUCAGGGCUCUGUGUGUAUUUAUUUAUGGUGAUAAAUAUUAUGUCUGUGUUUGAAGGAUUGCCUGACUUAGAGCUUGCCAGACAGGCAGAAAUCACCAGCAGCUUCUCAGCCCUUGAUGACAAUUAAUAGUGUGUCACGAUUAACCGUCCCUUUGUCCUUGAAGGAGAGCUCAGUUAUGCUCAUGAAACCUGACUCCCUGACUUAUGCUGAAGUACUUCUUUAUCAGUCAGAUUUUUGUGCUUCGUUAUGUAAAGGACCUCUGGGUUUGGUUCUGGAAUGUGCUGUUAAAAUACAGAAGGCUGUAAUGAUUGGCACAAAUCAGCAACAAACAAUUAUAUAUCUUUGAUCAUGAAUAAUUUGAUGUGAUUGUAGAUUGGUCUUCGAUGUAACAUUGUACAUCCGCCAUUAUUUAUCUCUUAGUGAGCCAAAACUGUUCUGUUUUCUGAAAGAUUCUGUGAACCCGUCAAUGGACAAUCUUUAUAUAUUCCAUUUUUAAAUGACUACAUGUUCUGCCCUUGGAAAGGUCAUUUUAAUGUAAUGAUCAUGACCUGCAUAUACCUCACUGAUAGUGUAUUUGAAGUUGCUAUGAAAUGGAAUUUUGAGAGCAUCUUCCAUAAUUUGGGGUAUGUCCUUUUGAAACAGGACUUUGGGGAAGAACAUAACAUCAGGAGGGGUUGUUGUGGCUGACAGUGUAAACUAACUGGAUAGCAGUAUUCAUUGGUGAAAGAAAGGCAGUUUUAUAACAGGACAGAUGCUGGAUUAUAGUCAAAAAACCAGUGAUAGUGCUGUUGGCUAGAAUUUUUGUGUUCUCCACUGGUACACAAUGAAGCAACCACUAGAAAUGCACUAUUUAACAAUGGAAAAACAGCAAUGGGUGGUAAUAUGAAAGUGCAAGGAAAACAAAAUUGUUCACAAUUUUUGCUAUGUGUUGUGAAGUACCUACAUGUGAUAUGCAAGGGCAUUUGAACGUAAGCCAAACAGGUGUUUAUGAGUUUCUAAUGCUAUAUGUGGCCAUUUGUCAUUCAGUCUAUAAUUCAGUCUCAGAUUUGGCCGCUGUAACUGCAGAAGUUCAGAUGCAGCUAGACCUUUCAGACUUAGGUAGUAGUCUGAGGAAGGGUCACAUUGGGAAAAAAAAAACUGUGGAAUUUCAUUUCUGCACUCUGGAGUGGCUUGAUCUUUGCUAGCAGUGACAUCCAUUGUAGUAGUGUACUAUGAUAUAAGAUUACUGAAUACUGUAUUGAAUCUACCAAUAUGUGACAAUAUCCUGAGCUGACUGGCAUAGUGAAUGUCUGUUUUUAUCCCAACAUGUUUGUUAUGUUUGCUCCUGGCCUCGUUGGGGAUUUUGCCAGCUGAGUCAGUGGAAUUCAUUCUGCUCUGUUCCUUCCUUAUCAGCAUGAGCUUAUGGUUACUGUUGGUCAUGGACCCAUGCUAAUGACUUCAGUUAGUGGGCUACUAAUACAUGCAGUUUUCUCUGUGCCAAGGACACUCAUUUCAGCUUCUUGUCUCUAAGAUGUGUGUGUCUUGUGCUCCACCUCCAGGAUUUUGCGACAGUAAUUCAAACUGCAGAAUCCUGACUAAGAAGGAGCUACUUGUUUGUCUUGAGAUAAAAGUAUCCAAUGUACUUAAACUGUCUCAACACACCAAUGAUUUAGCUGCCCUUUUCGUGUGUCAGAAAUUUGUUUAUAGCACCUGGGAGGUUAUAACAUCAUGGUGUGAAAUUUGAUAAUCUGAUUAUGACCAAAGAGUUGAAAAUGGAAUCUGUUGCACCUAGUUGUAUAGGAAGUUGGAUAAUGUUUGUGUGAUUGAAUAGGCAAACAAGAACUAUAUCUAAUGUGAUACUUCCCUUUGCAUUGAGCCAGUUGAAUUGCUUGCAAAGCAGAGGCAUUCUCUUUCUUUUGCUAUAUUUUCUCAGCUAAACCAAAGUAUCAUGCCUGGGCCUUUCUCCAAGGGUAGAUUAUGAUACUAUGGUACUUAUGGCAUGUUGAGCAUAGAUGUUUUGGCAGAUGCUUAUCUAGAAAAACGCACAUAACAGUACCCUAUCUGUUAGCAACUUUUGUCUUAGUCCUUUAUAAAAAACAAUAA